AUGGACCCGCGAGACCAGACGUUUAUGACAAUUCAUAACCUUACACCAGAGGCCAAUAUCUUGUUUGCAUCUGACUCGAUCCUCGACAUCCUUGGAUAUCAUCCCGACGAGGUCCAAGGUAAAUCAAGUUUUGACUACUUCCACCCGGACGAGGUGCCUUUGGCACGGUCUGUCCACCGCAGAGGCGUUUUGUUAGACAAGGCCGCCGUCCUCCACUAUGCACGUAUUCUGUCGAGGGACGGCCGAUGGGUGAGCUGCGAAUGCUGCUUCACCAUUGUCCAUGAUGUGCUGGUAGCAUGCACGAGCAUCUACUUGAGGGGGGAGAAGAGCGAGAGAAGGGCACUGGAAGCGCCCCAAGUGCGGCGUAUAUUCUCAAGCUCGCCGCUCGAUCCUCGGUACCACAUGCUUGAGCAUCUGUCGCCCAAAUUCAGGAUGCCUUCGAUGGAGCGCGAGCCUCGUGCUGCGCUCAUACUGAACCGCUUCACUCUGAACCUAAGCAUAAUGUUUGCAACUAGUUCUGUUGCCUCAAUACUAGGCUUGCAACCUGAUGACAUCAAGGACCGCCCGUUUUACGAUUGUAUACAGCCCAAUUGUCUGGAAGACGCCCAGCAAUGCUUGGAGAGUGCAAAGGCCAACGAGUCUAUUGCCUACCUUCGCUUCUGGUUCAAAGACCCACGUAUCAGGGACACCGACGAUGAUGACGAGGAGGAGGAAGAGGACAGAGGGGACCACGACGCCGAUAGCGAGGAUGAUUCCGAUGAGGACGACAGUGAAGACCAUGUCGACGGUGAAGAUAGCAGUUUAGCCAGUGGCUCUAGUGCAACUUCAUCACAUUCUCCGAACAACCAUAUGGAUAUCGAUGAUGAGUCGGACCUCGACGGUGUUAGCGGCCCAGAAGUUGGAGCUAGCAGGUCCUCUAGCACACGCUCAAACUUCAACUGGGUAGGAGCUAGUGCUGGUGUUCCUCGGUCUCGAGCGUACCAAGCACCUCUUACACCCGAUUUUGAACUGGAAGCAGUGGUGUCAUGUACCUCGGACGGGCUAGUCGUCGUGCUUCGCAGAGCACGGCCACCCAUUCCCGCUCCUCACCCGCCCCUGCUACCAGCGUUCACGUUUGAGAAUGGCCUCUUUGCGGCCCCAUGGGGCUUAAUACCCAUCGAGCCUUCUAUUGCUCCCGAACUCCUCUACAAUUUCCGCUCGCCAUUCCUCCCUCAAUAUAUGCCGCUACGAGAAAACGUGAAGGCGGCGGGGGGGCCUCCUCUUGAUCAAUUAAUGCGAUCGAUUCGAGACGUAGCAGUUUUUGCAUGGGCAGUGGUUGGGAUUAAUGGAAACCUUGCGGACUACGGACACGGCCUGCCCAGGGGUGGGGCACAACCGCCAGACGGCCUCCCCAUCUGGGACCCGACUGCUGGUCCUACGGGAUACCGCGGACCCGAGAACCAUGCAAUAGCUCAAACACCUGAAGCAGACGAAGAAAAUAUGCAUGCCGUAACCGAUUUCCGCCCAGCAGAGAGAGUUGGCCAAAGCUACGUCCAGUUACGGCGGGCUUCUUUAGACGAUUACGCGUAUGCGAGCCGCCAGCAACCGGCAUCGACUUGGCCUCGGCUUGUCGCUGCUCCUCACGACUCGGGUGGCUACGAGCCGAGACAGCAACAGCAUGCGACACCUACGCACAGUGCUCCGGAAUAUCAUGCUCGGCACAUUGUCGAUGCGCCCGCCCCCCAGGAGGCGGGAUCGACAUCCAGCUCCCGCGGUUCCGAGUAUGAAGGAUCGCCCGGGCGCCGAGUAUGUGGCCCACAGUCUAGACCGCCGCCGCACCCAUCCGGGCCGGAAGCGCCAUACCACAAUCCUCGAUAUUUGUGGCAGUAG